CAUGCGGCAGGGGCUUUUCGUACAACUCUAUGGAGCAGGUACGGUGGAAUGUGGUGUUUCUCAUACUCGCGUUGGUGACUUUUACGACAACUUCACCCUUAGAGUUGCCAAGCUUUAGAUCGCCCGUAUCGAAUAUGACAGUAGCUGUCGGUAGGGAAGCCGUACUGAACUGCGCAGUAGACAAUUUAAGUCCAUACAAAGUGGCUUGGUUAAAAGUGGAUACUCAAACUAUUCUCACAAUUCACAAUCACGUUAUUACCAAAAAUAAUCGUAUCGGAGUCUCGAACAGCGAGAAAAAUAUUUGGCAUUUGCAUAUCAAGGAUGUUAGAGAAUCAGACCAAGGAUGGUAUAUGUGUCAAAUAAAUACUGAUCCUAUGAAAAGUCAAAUCGGAUAUUUAACAGUUGUCGUACCACCGGAUAUACUCGACUAUCCGACAAGUACGGACAUGGUUGUGGACGAAGGUUCCAAUGUGAGUCUUCAAUGUGUAGCAAAAGGUUCUCCAGAACCAUCAAUAAUGUGGAAAAGGGAAGAUGGAGAGGUGAUUCGUUUUCAAAAUGGAACGGAAGUUCUUAACGCUAUCGGACCAGUUUUAAAUAUAACAAACGUCAGAAGAGAACAUAUGGGGCCGUAUCUUUGUAUAGCGACGAAUGGAAUACCGCCAUCUGUCAGUAAAAGGAUAAAGCUUGUAGUUCAAUUUGCUCCUUCAGUUUGGAUACAAUAUCAGUUAAUAGGCGCUUACGAUGACCAGCAAGUUACCCUGGAGUGUUUCUCCCAAGCUUUUCCAAAGUCAAUAAACUAUUGGACCAAAGACAAUGGAGAAAUUAUUCCACACAGUAAUAAGUUUGUUCCUGAAAUUAUCGAAGAUGGAUUCAAGGUUCAUAUGAAACUCAGGAUCAACUUGUUAGAACCAAAAGAUUACGGUGUUUAUAAAUGCAUAUCGAAAAAUUCUUUAGGGGAUAUGGAAGGAACAAUCAACGUAUAUAGAAUUCCUAAUCCAAAUCAAUAUUUACACACCAAUAAAAAGCAACAAGCUUACGAAGACAAUAUUUCUUUUAGCGGCUCCAGUCACAAGUAUCGCGAUUCAGAUUUAAAAAGAUCAAGAAACGAUACGUCGAGGAGAGUUAGUUUAGAAGGUAUUGUAGAUCUUCAAAGUUACCAUAGUCCCAGCUCUGCUCAUCGUUUCUCUCUACGGUAUAGUCUAAUAAAAUUAGCAUCACUUGUAUCUACAAUGCACUACGUUAAAUUUAUCCAUUCGAACAUAUCAUAAUUUCUUUUUUUUUUUUUUUGAAAACGGAUCAUAAAUUAGGACUGUGGGCUAUUUUUGUACGCUUGAGAUUAGAAUAGACUUAAAUUUAAUAAACAGCUCGAGGCAUAUCCUUAAGAAAAGAAAAUCAUUGUAUAUAUUUUGAAUGUAAUUACAUAUAUUUAAGAAAAUAAAUUGUAUAAUUAUUUCGUUUUUAUAUACAAACCUUCUUAAACUACAUACCAUUUUUUGAAGU